UGCCCAUUCGGCCUCUGUUUUCGCCGCUAUUCCGCGUUUUCGUCACUCUAUCAUUUUCACUCGAUCGCGAAGGUUGUGUGUGCGUGUGUUUUCCCCGAUUUCCCAGCCGAAAUUCCGUGUGCCGCGUAUUUAAUUGGAGCCAAAUAGGAAAGGAAAAGCCAGCAAGAUGAGGCAUUUGAUGUUCCUAAUGCUGAUGGUCCUGCCCAUCGUUAUUUGCACCUUCUCGGCGCCCAACAAGUUUGGUGCCUAUGCCGCCGAGGCGGUGGAGGACGACCUGGUUGACGUGGACAGCGAGGAGGGAGCAGUGACCGGCGAGGAUGCGGAAGCGGAUGAGGACAGCGACUCGGGGAGCAGCAGCUCGCCAAAUGCGGACACCUACCUGCUCUUCACGAAGCCUCUGUACACACCUGGCCAGCAGUUGGAUCUUCCCGGCGGCAAGCCCGUUGAGUUCCUGAUCGGAUUCACGAACAAGGGAGCCGAGGAGUUUGUGAUCGAGACGGUGGAGGCCUCCUUCCGCUAUCCCAUGGACUUCAACUACUUCAUCCAGAACUUCUCGGCGGUGGCCUACAACCGCGAGGUUAAGCCCGGCUUCGAGUCGACCGUUUCGUACACUUUCCUGCCCUCGGACCAGUUUGCCGGCCGUCCCUUCGGACUGAACAUUGCUCUGGCCUACCGCGAUGCCAAUGGCAUUCAGUACAACGAGGCUGUCUUCAACGAGACCGUGCUGAUCUCGGAGGUCGAUGAGGGUCUGGACGGCGAGACCUUCUUCCUGUACGUCCUGCUGGCAGGCAUUGUUGUCCUGCUCCUUGUCAUCGGACAGCAGUACCUGCUGGGCAGCUCCGGCAAGCGCAAGCGUGCCGCCGCCAAGAAGGUGAUCGAGACUGGAACCGCCAACGACAGCAACAUCGACUACGAUUGGGUGCCCCAGGAAACGCUGCGAGCGCUGCAGAAAUCCCCGCCCAAGUCCAAGACGCCCAAGACCUCGCCAAAGCCCGGCAAGCAGGCCAGUCCCAAGGCCGCCAGCCAGCAGAGCCCCAAGCAGCGCAAGGUCAAGCGCUCCGCCGGCGACGACUAAGUCAAUCCGCUCAAGACUGCACAUAUCCCAACAACACCAAGAGCGGCUGCGGCAACAACAACAUCAGCGGCAGCCGGAGCAGCAACAGCAAACCCCCAACAAAACCCAUUUUCAUCCUGUAGGGAGCAGAGCAUACAGUUUCGUAAUUAAUUAGUUAUGUAUAUCAUGUUCGAUCAUUUCUAGAGAUACUAUCAUAAUUUUUUUUUCGUCUAUCGCGAGAUUGUUAGUCUUUAACGAAUAACGAAUAACGAACCAAUGUUUACACAGUUUUGUUUUAGAAAUUUGAACUUUAAAAUGCCCAACUGCACAUACUCCAAACACGAAAAACAAACUAAAAAUCCAACAAAAAUGAAACCUAUAGAAAUUCCUUUGUGAAAUUGUCUUCGUUUGUUGAAGACACAUUAUAGAAAGAGGAGCAGCUUAGAGAAUGAGUCGAACUAUAAGGAAUAUGUGAAAAUGGAUUGAUUGAGAUGUAAGGCAACAAACCCUUCCAACUGUACGAUAAAUUUAAAUUAGUCCUAUUAUUACAAAUCAAUUUGUGUUUUAAUUUGCAUUUGCCCAUCCAAUUCCGAUCUUGACUGUCAUUCUUUUUCUGUUAGGAAGGAUAGAUGUUGAAGUGAGUUUUUUUUAGCUAGAGAAGUCGCAGGAAGUCGACCGAAGAAUAAGGAAAAAAUUUUCUUACAACAAAAAAACAUCAAUAAAAUUUGAAAAAAAUAUA